UCCUGCGCUAAUUUCUCCUCUCCUCCUGGCCUGACGUGGCCAGAGCUUUAAAAAACCAGCGAAGCUGCAGGAAGGGGCCGAUGGCCUCCGCAGACGGCCAGACCCUCAAAUGGCGAGAGGCUUUAGACAGACCAGCCGCGCUUUUCCUUUUCCUCUGAGUUGUGCCCAGCCACGGCUGCUGUUCCCCUUGCUGCAGAUUGUUUAUCUCCCCACACAGGAAAUCGAAGGAAGGUUUCGUCUCCACGACACAGCUUCCAGCCACCCGGGGCUGUGCGGUGUAGACAAAGCCUUAUGACUAACUCUCAGCGUGUGUAAUCUUCAAAGGGAUUUCCAGAGAGUCCCUGACCCCAGGGAGCUCCUGAGCGAAUCGUGCGGGAUUAGCAUCUUGAUCCCUAUAAUGCUGUUUUCCUGGGGCAGCCGCUAACAAUUGACACCAGUGACUUAAAAGGAGACCUCCUCCGCCCGGCCUGGCCGCGGGAGAGACGGAGAGGACACGGCCCCUUUCCCCGUAACCGAAGCCAGAGCAGCUGUGGCAGGCCCGGAACAUGACCUCCACCCCCGACUACGAUCACUUGGAGAUACAGCAGCAGUACAGCCGGAUUAACGCGCGCUGGGAGGCCUCCGACGAUGAGCUGGACAACGACAACAGCUCUGCCAGGCUCUUCGAGAGAUCCCGGAUCAAAGCUCUGGCAGAUGAGCGGGAAGCCGUGCAGAAGAAAACCUUCACCAAGUGGGUGAACUCCCACCUCGCCCGCGUGACCUGCCGCAUUUCCGACCUGUACAUGGACCUCCGGGACGGGCGGAUGCUGAUCAAGCUCCUGGAAGUGCUUUCGGGAGAGCCCCUGCCCAAGCCGACCAAGGAGAACGUGGACAAGGCGCUGCAGUUCCUCAAGGAGAAGCACGUGCACCUGGAGAACAUGGGCUCCCACGACAUCGUGGACGGCAACCACCGCCUGGUGCUGGGCCUCAUCUGGACCAUCAUCCUCCGCUUCCAGAUCGAAGACAUCAUCGUCCAGACACCGGAAGGCCAGGAGACGCGCUCUGCCAAGGAAGCGCUGCUGCUCUGGUGCCAGAUGAAAACGGCGGGCUACCCCCAUGUUAACGUGACCAACUUUACCUCCAGCUGGAAGGACGGCCUGGCCUUCAACGCCCUGAUCCACAAGCACAGGCCCGACUUGAUCGACUUUAAGAACCUGGAGCAUUCCAACGCCCGGCACAACCUGGAGCACGCCUUCAGCGUGGCAGAGCGGCAGCUGGGCAUCACCCAGCUCCUCGACCCGGAAGACGUCUUCACGGAGAACCCCGACGAGAAAUCCAUCAUCACCUACGUGGUGGCGUUUUACCACUACUUCUCCAAGAUGAAGGUGCUGGCGGUGGAAGGGAAACGGGUCGGCAAGGUGAUGGACCACUUGAUGGAGAUGGAGCGGAUGAUCGAGCGCUACGGAGGGCUGGCCUCCGACCUGCUGACCUGGAUCGAGCAAACCAUCACUGUGCUCAACAGCCGCAAGUUUGCCAACUCCCUGAGCGGGGUGCAGCAGCAGCUGCAGUGUUUCAGCACCUACCGCACUGUGGAAAAGCCCCCCAAGUUCCAGGAGAAGGGGAAUCUCGAGGUCCUGCUCUUCACCAUCCAGUCCCGGAUGCGAGCCAACAACCAGAAAGUGUUCACCCCGCACGAAGGGAGACUGGUGUCCGACAUCAACCGGGCCUGGGAAUGGCUGGAGAAGGCGGAGCACGAGCGGGAGCUGGCCCUGCGAAACGAGCUCAUUCGGCAGGAGAAGCUGGAGCAGCUGGCCCGGCGCUUCGACCGCAAGGCGGUCAUGCGGGAGACGUGGCUGAGCGAAAACCAGCGCCUGCUGGCCCAGGCGCGGCUCUCCUCGCCCGAGUUCGGCAAGCACCUGCUGGAGGUGGAGGACUUGCUGCAGAAGCACAAGCUGGUGGAAGCCGACAUGGCCCUCCAGGCGGAGAAGGUGCAGGACGUGAGCACGGCGGCCCUCGCCUUUGCCAACGGCGAUGGCUAUCGGCCGUGCGACCCUCAGGUUAUCCGGGACCGCGUCAGCCACCUGGAGCUGUGCCACCAGGAGCUGCUGGAGAUGGCGGCUGCCAGGAAGGCUCGGCUGGAGCAGUCCAAGCGCCUGUGGAAGUUCUUCUGGGAGCUGGACGAGGCGGAGAGCUGGAUCAAGGAGAAGGAACAGAUCUAUUCCUCCCUGGACUAUGGGAAGGACCUGACCAGCGUGCUCACCCUGCAGCGGAAGCACAAGGCCUUUGAGGACGAGCUGCAGGGCCUGGGCACCCCCCUGCCUCAAACCAUCCGGGACGGGGAGGACAUGGUGGCUCGGGGGCACUUCGGCGCCUCCCGGAUCCGCAGCAGGACGGAGAAGGUGGCGGCGCUGUGGGCGCAGCUCCAGGAGCUGGCCGCCUUCCGCGAGAAGAACCUGCGGGUGGCCGAGAGCUUCUUCCAGUUCCAGGUGGACGCAGACGACCUGAAGGCUUGGCUGGAGGAGGCCCAGCGCCUGGUGGCCAGCGACGAGGUGGGCCACGACCACUCCUCCACGCAGGCGCUGGUCCGAAAGCACCGAGAGCUGCUGGAGGAGGUGGCGGACAACAAGGGCGUGAUGGACGGCCUGAGCCAGCAGGCCCAGAGCUUCCCGGCCGAGCUGCGGGGCGCCCCGGAGUUCCAGAACCGGCUGCAGGCCAUCCGGGCCCUCUACGCCGAGGUGGUGUCCCUGGCGGAGCUGCGCCGGCAGAAGCUGCAGGACGCUCUGGAUCUCUACACCAUCUUCAGCGAGACGGACGCCUGCGAGCUGUGGAUGAGCGAGAAGGAGAAGUGGCUGGAGCAGAUGGAGAUUCCGGACACGCUGGAGGACCUGGACGUAGUGCAGCACAGGUUUGACAUCCUGGAGCAGGAGAUGAGCAUGCCGGCCUCCCAGAUCGACGGUGUCGACCGCGCCGCCGGCAGCCUCGUCGAGAGCGGGCACCCGCGCCAGCGCUCGAGGAGGGCACCCCUGAGCUGUGACGGCGGCCGUGUCCUCUGCAGGUGGCGGGACUUCCAGGAGAAGGUGGGGGAGCGGCGGAAAGCGGUGGACUUGGCGCUGAGCCUGCACAACUACUGCGUGGACUGCGAGGAGACCCGCAAAUGGAUCCUGGACAAGACGGCGGUGAUCAGGUCCACCCAGGAGAUGAGCAGAGACCUGGCGGGCGUGCUCGCCAUCCAGCGGCGGCCCUUCCGCAUCGCACGGCGGGCCGUGGCUUCGGAGGAGGUGCCCGGCUCCCUGGCCGAGGCGGAGCAGUUCUGGCAGGAGCACGCCGCCAUCAAGGAGGAGAUCGACGGGCACGAGGGCGACUACCGCAGCGUCCGGGAGACGGGGGAGAGGGUGACGCGCGGGCAGACGGACCCGGAGUACCUGCAGCUGCAGCAGCGCCUGGAAGGGGUGGAGAUGGGCUGGAGCGCCCUGUGCAAGAUGUGGGAGAGCCGAGAGAAGUUCCUCGCCCAGUGCCUGGGCUUCCAGGAGUUCCUCAAGGAUGCCAAACAGACCGAAGCCAUCCUGAGCAGCCAGGUGCCCGGCUCCCUGGCCGAGGCGGAGCAGUUCUGGCAGGAGCACGCCGCCAUCAAGGAGGAGAUCGACGGGCACGAGGGCGACUACCGCAGCGUCCGGGAGACGGGGGAGAGGGUGACGCGCGGGCAGACGGACCCGGAGUACCUGCAGCUGCAGCAGCGCCUGGAAGGGGUGGAGAUGGGCUGGAGCGCCCUGUGCAAGAUGUGGGAGAGCCGAGAGAAGUUCCUCGCCCAGUGCCUGGGCUUCCAGGAGUUCCUCAAGGAUGCCAAACAGACCGAAGCCAUCCUGAGCAGCCAGGAGUACACCCUGGCUCACGUGGAGCCCCCCGACUCCUUGGUAGCGUCGGAAGUCGCCGUGCGGAAGUACGAGGGUUUCCUGGCCACCAUGGAGGCCAACAAGGAGAAAGUAACGGGGCCGGUGGAAAGCGGGGAGAAGCUGGCGGCCGACAGGAAUAUUUACGCCGAGAAAAUUAAUGAGAAGGCCCAGCUCUUACAGGAGAGGGCCAGGGCGAAUGUGGCAAAGUCGAAGGACGCGCUGGUUCUCCUGAAGGACAAUCACGCCCUGCAGAGCUUCUUGCAGAAGUGCCAAGAGCUCACCCUCUGGAUCGACGAGAAGAUGCUGACAGCUCAGGACACGUCCUACGAUGAAGCCCGGAACCUGCACAGCAAGUGGCAGAAGCACCAGGCCUUCAUGGCUGAGCUGGCCUCUCAGCAAGGCUGGCUGGAGAAGGUGGACGAGGAGGGGCGGCAGCUGGCCCGGGAGAAGCCGCAGUUCAGUGCGGUGGUCUCGCAGCGGCUGACGGAGCUGCACCGGCUCUGGAACAAGCUCCGAUCGACGACCGAGGAGAAGGCCCAGCACCUCUUCGACGCCAACCGCUCGGAGCUGUACGCGCAGAGCUUCUCCAAGCUGAACGCGUGGAUCGGGGAGGUGGAGGCGCAGCUGCAGUCGGACGAGCGGGGCACCGACCUGACAAGCACCAACAGGCUGCUGAAGAAGCUGGCGAGACUCGAUGAGCAAGUGGGCACGCAGAAGAGAGAGUUGGAAGAGCUGCUGUCGCAGGCCCCUCCGCUCAGAGGGGACGUGCACGAGGCGGACAGCCAGCGGCAGAACAUCGAGAGGAGGUUCCUGGAUCUUCUGGAGCCCUUGGAGAAGAGGAGGAAGGAGCUGGAGUCGUCCAGAGCCAAGUACCAGCUCAACCGGGAUCUGGCAGAUGAAACGCUCUGGGUGCAGGAGAGGCUGCCCCUGGCCAGAUCCACUGACCACGGCACCGACCUCCAGACCGUGCAGCUUCUGAUGAAGAAGAAUCAGGUGAAUCUGGCUGAGCGCUGAGGUCAGAGUGGGGCAGCUCAAGAGGCAUUGAGGGAGCUGCAGCGCCCGGUGGCGGCGGCGGACGGGGACUGCAGCGGCGUGGAGGAGCAGCGGGAGCUGCUGCAGGGGGCGUGGCGCACCUUGCAGGAGGAGACGGAGAGGAGGCUGCGGCGGCUGCAGCAGGCGAACGAGGCCCAGCAGUAUUACCUGGACGCCGGCGAGGCAGAGGCCUGGAUCAGCGAACAGGAGCUCUAUGUGGUGGCGGAUGAGAAGCCGCAGGACGAAGAGAGCAGCAUCGUGAUGCUGAAGCGACAGGUUCGCCAGCAGCGCGCCGUGGAGGACUAUGGCAAGACCAUCAAGCAGCUGGCCGGCAGGGCGCAGGCGCUGCUCUCCGCGGGCCAUCCGGAAGGGGAGCAGAUCAUCCGGCUGCAGGGCCGGGUGGACAAGCAGUACGCGGGGCUGAAGGACCUGGCGGAGGAGCGCCGGCACAGGCUGGAGAACAUGUGCCACCUCUUCCAGCUGAAGCGGGAGGUGGACGAGCUGGAGCAGUGGAUCGCAGAGCGCGACAUGGCCGCCUCCUCGCAGGAGCUGGGGCAGGACUACGACCAUGUCACGCUGCUGCGGGAGAAGUUCCGGGACUUUGCGCGGGAGACGGGCAGCCUGGGCCAGGAGCGCGUGGACAACGUGAACCUGGCCAUCGAGCAGCUGAUCGACGCCGGGCACGCGGAGGCGGUCCAGCAGUUCCGGGAGGUGGCCGCGCGGCUGCCGACGGCCUACGCGGGGGGGAAAGCCGGCCCGGGCUUGGCAACCCUCCCUCUCCGCAGGGACGUGUCGUCCGUGGAGCUGCUGAUGAAAUACCACCAGGACAUCAAGUCCGAGAUCGAGACCCGGCAGAAAAGCUUCACCAGCUGCCUGGACCUGGGGCAGAAGCUGCUGCAGCGCAGGCACCAAGCAGCCGCUGAGAUCAAAGAGAAGCUGCAGCAGCUGACGGAGAAGAGGCAGGCGAUGAUGGAGACGUGGGACAGACGCUGGGAGUGGCUCCGUCUGUUGCUGGAAGUGUGCCAGUUCUCCAGGGACGCCUCGGUGGCCGAGGCCUGGCUGAUCCCCCAGGAGCCGUACCUGGCCAGCGGCGACUACGGCCACACGGUGGACGGCGUCGAGAAGCUGCUGAAAAGGCACAACGCCUUCGAGAAGUCCACCGCCACGUGGGCGGAGCGCUUCACCGCGCUGCAGAGGCCGACCACGCUGGAGUUGCUAGGGACACGGACGCCCCAAGAGGAGGCCGCGCAGCGCAAAGCGACCCGGACCGUCGCCCCCCAGUACGACGUCCAUCCAGGGGCUUUGGAAGAGCCGGGGUCUCAGGACGAAGAGACAAGGGCGGGGCUAAUUUCACAGGACCUCUCUGCACCUGCUACCGAAGACUCCUCACUGGUGCAGGAGGAGAAAACAGGCCCAGCCCAGGCCCUGGAGGAGCUGACGGAAGCCGAGCAGCCUGAGGUGGAGACAAAAGCCGACCAGGAGGAGCCCUCUGCCAAGGAGCCGCUGUUCAAAGUCCUCCAGACACCUGUGAGUGAGAUUGAUGAGACCGCCACGCUGCCGGCGCAGCUGGACCGCUCGCACAGCCUGCAGAUGGAGGGCUACCUGGUCCGCAAACACGACCUGGAGGCUCCGAACAAGAAGGCGUCCAACAGGUCCUGGGCCACGCUGUACUGCGUGCUCCGGAGAAGCGAGCUGGCCUUCUACAAGGAUGCCAAGAGCCUGGCCUUGGGAGUGCCUUACCACGGGGAGGAGCCCUUCCAGCUGUGGAACGCCCUCUGCCAGGUGGCCACCGGCUACAAGAAGAAGAAGCACGUCUUCAAGCUGAGGCGUGGGACUCUGGGGGGGGGAGGAGUGCUGAGGGCGGGAGGCUCAGAGGCCGCCGUCCUGGGGUGGCGACUGAGGGGCGCUCUCUCCAUCUCACCCCGGCAGGAGGAGAUGCGCACCUGGCUGCAGGGGCUCGGCAGCGCCAUCACGGAAUCCCAGAACAUGAAAGCCAAGACGCUGAGCCUGCCCCUGCCUUCCAGCACCGCCCCGGACGCCGGCCUGGCCCAGAAGGAC